UCGAGGCUCGGCCGCGUCGGCCGGCGGGACGUGCGCUCCACGGCGGUCGCGGGACCCUUUUCCAGAGCCGUCUCGGCGAGGCCCCUUCUUGCAGCUCGACCACGCUCAUCUCUGUGUGGCCCUCACCUGGAUUCGAACCUCGCUGCUGCCCCCGUCGCGGGGCUUCUCGGCGAGACCCGGAAGGCCAUGCCACCUCCUGGGAAAGUUCCCCGGAAGGAGAACCUGGGGCUCCAGUGCGAGUGGGGCUCCUGCUCCUUUGUGUGCUCCGCCAUGGAGGAAUUCUGCGAGCAUGUCACUCAGCACCUGCAACAGCACCUGCAUGGUUCCCGGGAGGAGGAAGAGGAGGAUGACCCACUCGGGGAAGAAUUCUCCUGCCUAUGGCAGGAGUGUGGCUUUUGCUCUCUGGACAGCUCUGCCGACCUCAUCCGUCAUGUCUACUUCCACUGCUACCACACCAAGCUCAAGCAGUGGGGGCUGCAGGCUCUGCAGAGCCAGGCGGACCUCAGCCCCUGUGUGCUGGACUUCCAGAGCCGCAACAUCAUCCCCGACAUCCCCGACCACUUCCUGUGCCUGUGGGAGUACUGCGAGAGCACCUUCGACAACCCCGAGUGGUUCUAUCGGCAUGUGGAAGCACACAGCCUGUGCUAUGAAUACAAAGCAGUUGGCAAGGACAACCAUGUGGUGCUGUGUGGCUGGAAAGGCUGUUCCUGUACCUUCAAGGACCGCUGUAAGCUUCGAGAGCACCUCCGCAGCCACACCCAGGAGAAGGUGGUGGCCUGCCCCACCUGCGGGGGCAUGUUUGCCAACAACACCAAGUUCUUGGAUCACAUCCGCCGCCAGACCUCUCUGGAUCAGCAGCGCUUCCAGUGCUCUCACUGCUCCAAGAGGUUUGCCACGGAGCGGCUGCUGCGGGACCACAUGCGCAACCAUGUCAAUCACUACAAGUGCCCCCUGUGUGACAUGACGUGCCCGCUGCCUUCCUCCCUCCGCAAUCACAUGCGCUUCCGCCACAGUGAGGACCGUCCCUUUAAAUGUGACUGUUGUGACUACAGCUGCAAGAACCUCAUUGACCUCCGAAAGCACCUGGAAACCCACAGCAAGGAGCCAGCCUACAGGUGUGACUUUGAGAGCUGCACUUUCAGUGCCCGAUCCCUCUGCUCCGUGAAGUCCCAUUACCGCAAAGUGCAUGAAGGGGAUUCGGAACCAAGGUACAAAUGUCAUGUGUGUGAAAAGUGCUUCACGCGGGGCAAUAGCCUCACCGUGCACCUUCGGCAGAAGCAUCAGUUCAAGUGGCCCUCAGGGCACCCCCGUUUCCGGUACAAGGAACACGAAGAUGGCUACAUGCGGCUGCAGCUGGUUCGCUAUGAGAGCGUAGAGCUGACGCAGCAGCUGCUGCAGCAGCCGCAAGAAGGAGCAGACCUGGUGGACUCAGCCCUAAAUGAGAGCAGCCUGCAGGACCUCAUUCUAGAAACAGUGCCAGGGGAGCCGGGCUCCAAGGACGAGGAAGAGGUGGGCAGGGCUGGUGAGGGGACAGUGCCCUUAGCCCCUCAGGACAGCACCAGCCCUGCCAUGCACCUGGUGAAUCAGACCAAGUCCCAGGACCAGCAAGAGAUUGUCUACUAUAUGCUGGCUGAAGCCCCUGGCGAGCCGCCGCCAGCUCCAGAGCUUCCCUCCGAAGGUGUCAUGGAAAAGCUUCAAGACAUGGCUAAGGAGCCAGAGGACCUCACAGCGUGAAGGCUGUGGAGUGUGACCGUGUCCAUCCUGGGCCCUGGAGCUGUGCUAGGGCAGGUCCCCUGGUGGGCAGCUCUUGCUAAUGGGUACCUUUAGGAGUGGUUCUGAGAGCAGGGUGCUGUCCCCCACCUCCAGCCCCGCUCCAGGCUGGCAUCAGCCUUCGAACUCUAAGUGCUUCCCUUUGGCAAUAGACUACGUUUUGUGGGAGAUCCUGAGUUAUCUGGGUUCUUUGAAGGGAUCCUGGGUGUGUGUGUCCUCGUAUAGGGAGCUCUAAUCACGUUUAUCUCCUUAGCCAUGCUAGACCACGAUUAAACCCGUUCUCACAUUCAGUUCCCUGCCACAUCCCUACAAGGGCUUCUCGUUGCCACCAGCCAAGGCAUUAAGAACCAGGCAUGCAGUUCUCUCCUGACCAUCUUCCUGCAACACCAAGGACUGUUAUGGUCAUCCU